AUGACAGAGGCCAAAGACUUUGCAAGCGUUGCUGUACCCUCUCGGCAGACGGUCCUUCUUCCAGAUGAAGACCUCUCCAUCCGCUUCACAGGGUACAGGACGGAUCCGUUACGCAGUGCUAUAUGGUGGGCUGGGUGUUUCUUCACAUUUGGGGGUCUUGGGCUGCUUGGACGAUGGAUUCCAUCGAUAUGGGUGGGAUUUUGCGGGAAGGAAACCGCUUUCGAUGAAGCUAGAGAAGGGAGUUGGCUUAUGGUCGAGACACCCUAUGGAGAUUUACACAUUGUGCCGUUACAGAUUAUUCCUUAUCCUUAUCCUUUAUCCACAGUGUUUCCGCAAACACUCACCGCGACCACGUCUAAAACCCCGUCUAUCCGCGGGCAACCAAUGACAAACGGCAGUCCCAUCCCCUCCACCUCUCACACUUUGCAUGGUGAACCACCUGGUGGAGUCGGUGCCGCCAAGGAUCUCAUCCCAGAUGUAGAGCCAGGACGAACGACUUGGGAAGAAACGAUGGGAUUCUUGAAAAUCAUGGAAUAUCGUUACACUCGUUUUGCACUAGAGCCGUACUCUGGGCAGUGGUCAAUGAUUCGAGAUUGGCGAGACCCUCGGUGGACCGCUGCUCGGGUAGUCGCGCAAGGUCUAGAUAGCAACACUAGGCAACAACGCCGUUUGUUGACGGGUGACAACAUCAUUGACAUUGCCGCAAAGUCUAUACCAGGUCUUUUAGUGGAUGAAGUCCUUCAUCCCUUCUAUGUUUUUCAAAUCGCUUCCAUACUUCUGUGGUCGAUCGACGACUAUUACUACUAUGCCUUUGCUAUUGCUCUCAUCAGCAUAACAAGCAUCUUGGGUACACUGGUUGAGACGAAGCGAACAAUCGAGAGGAUGAGAGAAAUGUCUCGUUUCCAUUGCGACGUCAAGGUGUUUGUCAAUGGUGAAUGGACUAUCAGAGAUUGUGUGGACAUGGUACCGGGGGAUAUCUUUGAUGCUUCCGAUACCAACCUCACCGUCUUCCCCUGCGAUGCCGUCCUUCUUUGCGGAGACGCCAUAGUGAACGAAUCAAUGCUCACUGGCGAAUCUGUUCCCGUUAGCAAGAUCCCCGUCAAAGACGAAGCUCUCCGAUCCAUGUCGAAAGAAGCCAAACAGGGGAGCUCGGAAGUCAACCCUGAUCUCGCAAAACACUACCUUUUCUCCGGAACCAAGAUAAUACGCGUACGCGCUGGAGCCAGGCCGCCGUGGGCUCCUCCAAGCGAUGAACCCGUAGCAUUAGCUAUGGUCACUCGUACUGGCUUCAACACCACCAAGGGCGCCUUGAUCCGGUCGAUGCUUUUCCCCAAACCCAUGGGGUUCAAGUUCUACCGCGAUUCAAUGAACUUCAUCGGCGUAUUGGCGAUCAUUGCCGGUCUUGGAUUUGCCGUUUCGGCUGUACAGUUCGUUCGUAUGGGCAUUCAUUGGCAUACCAUCCUACUUCGCGCACUCGACCUCAUCACCAUCGUCGUUCCUCCCGCACUCCCUGCCACUCUCACAAUUGGUACCACUUUUGCUAUUGAGCGACUCAGAAAAAGUGGUAUAUUCUGCAUCUCUCCCAACAGAGUCAACAUCGGGGGCAAAAUCAACGUCAUAUGUUUUGACAAGACUGGUACGUUGACAGAAGAUGGUCUUGACGUUCUCGGCGUACGAACCAUCGAUCGAGAAGAUCAACGGUUCUCCGAGUUACACAGCGAUAUCACCGAGGUACCUCAAACAGGAGGAUCUAAUGGCAAGACUCCACUACUUCACGCUCUUGCGACUUGUCAUUCUUUGAAACUCAUCGAUGGAGAGAUGAUCGGCGAUCCACUCGACAUCAAAAUGUUCUCGUACACUGGUUGGACUUUGGACGAGGGACAAUCGAGACCUGUUACUGCUAAAGGUGGAGUUGAACGACCACAGACUCUGGUACAGACAGUCGUACGACCCCCUGGAACGGAUCAAUGGCACGUCGAAGACGCUCUACGGCCAGGUUCCAAACAUGCUCAUUUCCUCGAAUUGGGUGUCAUUAGAACAUUUGACUUUGUCUCAGCAUUACGACGAAUGAGUGUGAUUGUCAAAAGACUAAAAUCCACGUCGAUGGAAGUUUACGUCAAAGGUGCCCCAGAAGUCAUGCCUGAAAUCUGUGACCCGUCAUCUUUUCCUAUCGAUUAUGAAGACAUGCUAUCGUAUUACACUCGUAAUGGCUUCCGUGUCAUCGCCAUCGCUGGCAAAUCCAUCGAGGGUCUUACGUGGCUGAAAGCUCAACGCAUGCGUCGCGAAGUGGCUGAAAACGAUCUUCAAUUUUUGGGGUUCAUCGUAUUCGAAAACAAACUAAAACCUGGAACAGCACCUGCGAUACAUACCCUUCGAGCUGCUCAUUUGGCUUGUAGAAUGGUCACUGGAGAUAACGUCCGCACGGCUAUCAGCGUAGCUAGGGAAUGUGGAUUGGUUUCCCAUUCAGCCAGUGUAUACAUACCGACCUUUUUACAAGGUACUGGAACCACUGAAGGGGCUAGACUUGAUUGGUCAAGUGUGGAUGACGAUAAUUUGAAAUUGGACGAACUUACACUCAAGCCGGUUGUGAAUAUGGAAAGGGUUUUGGAUGUGGGGGAGGAGACGAGUGAUUAUCAGUUGGCUUUGACGGGUGAUGUAUUCAGAUGGAUGUUGGAUUAUACAGAGAUUGAGACGAUGGAACGUAUGUUGGUCAAAGGUGUGGUUUUCGCUCGAAUGUCUCCAGACGAAAAAGCAGAGUUGGUCGAACGACUUCAGGCUCUAGGAUAUACAGUGGCUUUCUGCGGUGAUGGAGCCAACGAUUGCGGAGCUCUUAAAGCUGCCGACGUAGGCGUCAGUCUUUCCGAAGCGGAAGCCUCUGUCGCUGCACCUUUCACCAGUCGUAUUCCUGACAUUUCCUGUAUGGUCGAAGUGAUCAAAGAAGGUCGAGCUGCCCUCGUUACUAGUUUUAGUUGUUUCAAAUACAUGGCGUUAUACUCUAUGAUCCAAUUCACUACGGUCACACUUCUAUAUUCUUUCGCCUCUAGCUUGGGCGACUUCCAAUUCCUUUACAUAGAUCUAUUCGUGAUCAUCCCUAUAGCUGUAACGAUGGGAAGAACGUUGCCUUAUCCAAAAAUUCAUCCAAAACGACCUACAGCAAGUCUUGUGUCGAAAAAGGUCUUGACCAGUAUUGUUGGACAGAUCCUGAUCAAUUUCGCUAUACAGAUGUUUGUCUUUCUCUGGGUGAGACGUCAGUCUUGGUACAAAUCCCCCGAUGUGAACGAUGAUAAACUCGAAACUUUUAAUUAUGAAAACACAACUCUCUUCCUCGUCUCAUGUUUCCAGUACAUUCUUGUCGCUGGGGUCUUCAGCGUCGGUCCGCCAUAUCGCAAACCAAUCUAUACCAAUCCAUCCCUCAUCAUCUGUCUAGUCAGUCUGGGCGCUUUCAGCACCUAUGUUCUCCUCUCCCCUUCAACACCCAUCGCUCUAAUACUAGACAUCAUAUCUCUUCCCAUUCGAUUCAAGUUUGAACUCCUUCUCAUCGCCGCUAUCAACAUCAUCGCUUGUUUCACUUUUGAACGCUUUGCCGAAAGACCCAUCGCAAAGGUCAUCAGUUAUACACGACGAUUGUACCGAACUCGACGAGGAAAAAAGCGGCAUGAGAGAGGAGAACAUCAGUAUAAAGUCAUCGAGGGCAACAUGCGGUGA